UAAUAAGCAAGGUUGCUGGCAACACUGGCAUAUGACAGUUCUGGCUGCUUGGGGAAUGAUCCAGCAGACGUGCUUGGGAACUAGAGAGCAACAGACGUAUCCGUAAUAAAGUGUACAUAAUAAAACUUAUUACAUGGUGUCAGAAGUGUAAGAACUCUCGGAACCUAAAAGCAAACGGGAAAGUAUCGUCCAAUAUCCGGUAAAUCGUGGAUUUAUUGUCGUUUGCCAGCAGAACAAACGCAUAUUAAAGUCGCAUAUUGCGUGUAUCAAGAGAAGAAAAGAAGCAGCAAGAUGGCGGCAAAUUCAGCAGACCGCUUACCAAGAGCGCUGGAUUGCUCAGAUUUGGCAAAAGAAUGGCCAAAAUGGAAGCAGCAGUUUCACAUCUUUAUGAUUGCGAAUAACAAAAUCAACGAGGACGAGCGGAACAAGAUCGCGAUCUUUUUAUGGCUAGUUGGUGAUCACGGAGUUGAAAUAUACAACACAUUAUUUCCCAGCAACGGAGACAUGAAGGCAAUGUUCGGUGAAAUUGUCGAAAACAAUGCAAAAAAAGAUGAUAAAGGAGAUGCUGCUGAAAAAGAAGAAAUAGGCAGAACAUUGGAUGACGUCAUUACUGCUUUUGAUUCUUACUGUCUUCCAAGAAAAAAUUUGGCCAUCGAAGCGUUCAAAUUCAACCUCAUAGAGCAGAAUGAAAAUCAACCCUUUGCAGAGUUUGAAACGGCACUACGAAAACAAAUGGCAUUUUGCGAAUUUGAGUGUGCAAAUUGUCACGCAUCCUAUGCUGACCGAAUGCUUCGUGAUCGUAUUAUAGUCGGCAUCCAGAAUAAAACGUUGCAGCUAAAAUUGUUGGAUGCAAAAGACGAGCCGCUUCAAAACGUCGUAGAAAUGUGUAAAACGUAUGAGGCUGCAUCAAAACACAAGCAGUUAAUUCAGACCAACGAUGUACAUCACCUCAAUAGUGUAGAAAAAGAUGCUGGAAAUUGGAAAAUAGACAUAAUUCAGCGUAGUAAACUUCAUAAGGCAAGCUGCUAUAACUGUGGACAACCUUUUAACGGGAGUCAUCGUCGUUAUUGUCCUGCAAAGAAUGUGACCUGUAACAAUUGCGGAAAGCGGGGACAUUUCAUGAAAUUCUGCAAAGCUCCGAAGAUCAACAGCAACAGUGACAUCUCACGGGAACCGGUACGAACAACGCAUGAAGUGAAGCAAAGGAACGACAAAGAUGUAAACAUGAUCGCGUGGGCUGAUUCAGAGUAAACUGUAACGUAGCAACAGUGGGUUCCAAUUACAAAUGGACUAAACGAUACCUAAUUCAGGACUGGCCAGUGGAAUUUAAGCUUGAUACCGGUGCAGAUGUCAAUUGCAUUCCUGUUAGCGUGGUUACCCGUAUGAACUUACCGUUGUCGAAAGAGCGUACAUUUAAUGUUGUGGAUUAUAAUAAUAAUCGUAUAAAAAUACACGGUCAGAUUCGUCUUACUUGUGUUGACGAGGAAACCAAAAACGCAUUAUCAGCUAAUUUCUUUGUUGUAGAUGACAAUCUUCAACCAAUAUUGGGAUUACAAACAUGUAUAGCAUUUGGAUUGCUGAAACGCUUGAAUAGUAUAGAAUCAUCUCAGUCUUUUCCAUCAGACAGGAAAACGUUCAUUGAUUCAAAUGCAGAUCUAUUUGAAGGCCUGGGAAACCUUCCAGGGGAAUGCACUAUAGCGCUUAAAGAAAACUCCACUCCCUCCUUGCACUACAAAAAGCGCAUACCAAUUAGCCUGCACUCUCGUUUAAAAGAUGAGCUUAAAAAUAUGGAAUCUUUAGGGAUUAUUAGUUCGGUUGAAUACCCUACAGAUUGGGUAAACAAUAUGCAAAUUGUCGAAAAACCUAAUGGUGCUUUACGUAUUUGUCUAGAUCCGAAACCAUUGAAUGAAUGUAUCAAAAGGGAACAUUUUCUUAUCCCAAAGUCAGAAGAUCUUCUAAGUCGUAUGACAGGAAAACAAAUAUUUACCGUAUUAGAUCUUAAAAAUGGGUUUUGGCAGUUGAAACUAGAUAGAAAAAGUUCGGAUCUAACCACGUUUAUGACACCGUAUGGUAGAUUCCGUUGGAAUCGUGUGCCGUUUGGAAUAAGUAGUGCACCAGAAAUGUUCCAACAAAGAAUGGUAAAAAUAUUUGGGGAUAUUCCUGGAGUUGAAGUAUAUUUUGAUGAUCUGGCCAUUACUGGAAAGGAUUUUGAGGAACAUGACAAAACUCUAUCAAUUGUUCUUGAAAGAGCUAGACAAAAUAACAUAAAAUUUAACUCUAGCAAAACCCAAUACAGAACUGAUGAGAUCAAGUUCAUGGGUCACAUAUUAUCUGAUGGUAAAAUAAGACCAGAUCAAUCUUACAUAAAUGCAAUUGUUGAUAUGCCCCGACCAAAAAAUAAGUCAGAGGUGCUUCGUCUUCUGGGAUUGCUAAAAUAUCUAGGUAAAUUUAUCCCAAAUCUAUCCAAACGAACCGCCUUACUGCGACAACUGUCUCGCAAUGAUGUUGAAUGGUCUUGGACCGAGCAACACGAACGUGAGGUUGACGAUAUAUUAGAGACGAUUACCAAUCAACCUGUGCUAGCAAUGUUUGAUAUUGACAAGCCUAUAAUAGUUCAAACAGACAGUUCUAAAGAUGGCUUAGGGAGUGUUUUAAUGCAGAAUGGAAAGGCCAUAGCAUAUGCAUCUCGCACACUAUCCAAAAGUGAACAAAAGUGGGCACAAAUAGAAAAAGAACUCUUGGCUAUUGUUUUUGCUUGUGAACGAUUUCAUCACUUUUUAUAUGGUCACGAAUUCACUGUUCAAUCGGACCACAAGCCACUAGAAGCUCUAGUUAAACGUGAUAUUGAUGAUGUUACUCCCCGUUUGCAACGAAUGUUCCUCCAUCUAUUGAAGUAUCCAGGAAUGAUCAUAAAAUACACACCUGGUAAGGAAUUACUUAUAGCUGACUGUCUCUCACGAGCAGCACUGCCAGACAAUAAAGACUUUAGCAACGAGCUAUCGGGGAUAAUUCAUGCAAUAUCCAAUAAAGCAUGCUUAUCGACUGAUAAUUAUAAUUACUAUGUAGGUAAACUCAAUGAUGAUGAAAGAUACAAACAAAUUGUCAAUUAUGUCAAACAGGGCUGGCCGUCAUAUCAUCAACUAGAUUCAUUAGGACAAUUGUUUUAUAAGCAUCGACACUUGCUUCAUUUUGAAAAUGGAUUGUUGUUCAAAGAGCAUCGAUUGGUUGUUCCUACUCUCAUGCAACCAACUAUUUCCAAAUGGUUGCAUGCUCCUCAUCUAGGCAUAGAAAAAACUCUCGCAAGAGCCAGGUCCCAGUUUUUUUUGGCCCGGUAUGUCGAAUGACAUCACUGAACUUGUUAAAGCAUGCCAGGUUUGCGAAAAGUUUACACGUAACCAACAAAAAGAACCCCUUUUACAAGACACACCUCCUAGUUAUCCAUUUGAGAGAGUGGGUAUAGAUUUAUAUGAAUACGCAGGGAAUGACCAUAUCGUAAUUAUAGAUGCAUAUUCAGGGUAUCUUAUUUCUAAGCAGUUAAAUGAAAAAUCAAUAAGAUGUGUCCUGGAAGUCUUAGAUCGCGUGUUUUGUGAAUAUGGGUAUCCCACGCAAAUCAGGUGUGACAAUGUUCCAUUCAAUUCUACUGCAUUUGUAACGUAUAGCAAUGAUACAAAUAUUAACAUAUCAUUUUCUAGCCCAAGAAACCCUCAAAGUAACGGAUUAGCAGAAAAAGGUGUAGCUAUUGCUAAAAAUAUAAUCAAACGAUGCUAUGAAGCUGACGAUAUCAAAUAUUUUCAAUAUCGGCUUCUAGAGUAUAACACCACAACAGUAGCGACAAUGGGUCUUUCUCCAGCACAAUUAUUCUUUGGUCGCCAGCUUAAGUCUCGCUUACCCACAAAUAGUGCGUUGUUACAUCGCAAUUGCAUUGAUGAAAAACUCAUCGAAAGGAAAAUAUUUUCCAAGCGACAACAUCAAAAGAAAUUCUAUGAUCGAGCUUCAAAACCAUUGCCAGUCCUGAACAUAGGAGAUAGAGUGAAUUUCAAAAAGACAGGAAAAGAAUGGAAUAAUGGUAAAAUCGUUCGUCAGGUAAACAGUAGAUCGUACAUAGUUCAAGACAAUUUUGGAAAUCAUUUUCGACGGAAUAGAAGAUUUCUGGUGAAAACUGCAAAUAUGAUCCCAAAUAGCAAUGACAUAUUCUAUCAAAAAGAUGAGAUUCAUGUAGGUUUACCCAUAAGUAUGGCCGCAUGUCACGUUGAAAAUAGAUAUCAGCCAACUGAAAGCAUAGAAACACAAGAUACCGAGGCAUUGGAAAAUCAAUCAAACGAAACAGUUACAGGGACAGAAUCUGAUUAUGACACGUGUUGUACAGCGAGUGAUUCAGAAUCAACAUUAAAUGAAGACCUUGAAAAUAACGAAUCUCAAUCAGAUGGGUCAGUUACAGAUAACCUAUACAAAACUCGAAGUGGACGCGUCGUUCGUGCUCCAAGAAUAUUUGAUGUUUAGUUAGUAUAGAUUCAUAUUGAUAGGAUUAGACUAAGUGCAUUAGGAUAAUUAGCUUUAAUAAUAAGUUUGUAAAUAUUUGUAAAAAAAAAGAAAAAGAAA